CAUAAGACUUUCACUGUACAUUGGCCCAACACAUCCGAAGACACGCCUGGCAUGUCCAGACAAGAACAACGAAGGACCAGGACUUAAGUUUCGAUCUCCAGUUGAGCUGCUCACGCCCUUCACCUUCGACCAAAUCUUUCUGUUCCCAUCGCUCUUUUGUUGUCCCAAGAACAUCAAUUUUUCUCAGAUGGUAGGAGGCUGGAUCGCGCUGGCGGCGGCGGUGCUGAUGUGGAGCGCCGGAGGGGCCUAUGGGAUCAGGUUUGUGAUAGAUAGGGAGGAAUGCUUUUCGCAUAAGGUGGCAUUGGGGGACACCGUUCAUUUUUCUUUUGUUGUGAUUAAGUCUGAGAAGUCCUGGAACUACGCUGAAGAUGGCGUUGAUCUUGUGGUGAAGGGACCAACAGGGGAGCAAAUCCACGACUUCCGUGACAAAAUAAGUGAAAAGGCAGAGUUUGUGGCUCAUCAGGAAGGAGUUCACCGUUUCUGUUUCACUAAUAAGUCCCCAUACCAUGGAACCAUAGACUUCGAUGUACAUUCUGGUCAUUUUAUGUUCCAUGAUGAACAUGCAAAAGAUGAACAUUUCAAGCCUUUGUUUGAACACAUUGGCAAGCUAGAGGAAGCUUUAUAUAAUAUUCAGUUUGAGCAGCAUUGGCUAGAGGCUCAGACUGACCGACAAGCUAUAGUGAAUGAAGGAAUGAGCAAAAGGGCACUUCACAAAGCUUUGUAUGAGUCUGCAGCUCUUAUUGGCGCUAGUUUUUUACAAGUUUUUCUCCUAAAGCGUUUGUUUGAACGUAAGCUUGGGCAGUCGAGAGUUUGAAUAUUUUGGCAAUGUUCAUCAUAGCAUGUAGCAGAUAUAAAGAAACUACGUAAAUGUUUUAGAAACAAUAUGGAUUUAUGCUAUCAUUUCCCUAUUCCUUACACAUGAACAUUUUUUUAAUACCUUUUGCGGCUAUGCCAGUUAACAAUUUUUUCCUCGUUGGCACAUGGACCAUCAAAUUGUGUCAAAUGAUAUAAAAAUGCAUUGCUAAAG